AUGGAUUUUGAAGACGAAGCUAAGAAAGCACGUGAAUAUUAUAUGUAUGGUGAUUAUAGUAAAGGUAUAACAUUUUAUAAAUUAGCUAUUGAUAAACUUCGACGUUAUUGUCAAACAUUAACGAAUACAACGGAGAAAAAACGUGGCACUGAAUGUUUAGCAGAACUUGAACGUGAACUACAAUCAACAAUAGAACAUGAACGAAUGACAGGUGAAAUUCAUGAUAAUUUAUUAGGAAAAUAUCUUGGCAGUGGGCGAGCUGUUAAUAGUGAUGCAUUUAAUGAUAUGAAUGAUGGAGAUAGAUUUUAUAAUGCAGUUAUUGACGAACGUCCAACGCGUGAUUUUGGUUUUAAUAAUAAUAGAAAUGGUCCAUAUGGCGCUACUCCAUUUCAAACACCAGCUGCACGUUUUCAAGAAGCUCGUCGUGAUGUAAGAUCAACAAAUAAUAAUAAUACUAAUAAUGCAAAAGCAAGAAAAAUUCCAUCAAAUGGUUCCGAUAAUAAACAAAAACAACAUGACAAUAAACGUGUUAAUAAUCAACCAAAUGCCGGAGAAAAAAGAUAUCAACCUAUUGGAACGGAAAAAGAUUUAGUUGAAGGAUUAGAACGUGAUAUUGUUCAAAAAGAUCCUAAUGUUCGAUGGGCGGAUGUUGCCGGUUGUAUCGCAGCAAAAAAAUUAUUACAAGAAGCAGUUGUAUUACCACUUUAUAUGCCAGAUUUUUUUAAAGGUAUUCGUCGGCCAUGGAAGGGUAUUUUAUUAUUUGGCCCACCUGGUACCGGAAAAACAAUGUUAGCUAAAGCAGUUGCAACUGAAUGUAAAACAACAUUUUUUAAUGUUGCUGCAGCAAAUUUAACAUCAAAAUAUCAUGGUGAAGGUGAAAAACUAGUUCGUUUAUUAUUUGAAUUAGCUAAAUUUUACGCACCGUCAACGGUAUUUAUUGAUGAAAUUGAUUCGUUAUGUUCCGCACGUGGCCAAUCAAAUGAACAUGAAGCUAGUCGACGAGCUAAAUCAGAAUUACUUAUUCAAAUGGAUGGUGUUGCUGGUGCACUUGGAAAUGAUGAUCCAUCAAAAAUGGUUAUGGUACUUGGAGCAACAAAUCAUCCAUGGGAUCUUGACGAUGCUAUGCGUCGACGAUUAGAAAAACGUAUCUAUAUUCCAUUACCAGAUCAAGAAACACGAAAACAAUUACUUGAAAUAAAUUUAAAAGAAGUACCAUUAGAUACAAAUGUUGAUUUAAGUUAUAUAGCGGAAAAACUUGAAGGAUAUUCCGGAUCUGAUAUAACAAGUGUUUGUCGAGAUGCAGCCAUGAUGCAAAUGCGUCGUAUUACAGAAAAUUUAAGUAUGAUUGAAAUACAAAAUAUUGCUCAAAAUUUAAAAGAUCAAUUACUAUUACCAACAAAAAUGGAAGAUUUUACCUAUGCUAUUUCAAAAAUCUCAUCAUCAGUUUCAAAAGAAAUGCUUGAAAAAUAUGAUAAAUGGAUGAAAGAUUUUGGUUCAGUGUAA